CAGGCAACGCCCUCUAGUUUGUAGAUACAAAACGGGUGAAAGUCCAUACUAAAGCUCACGAGGGCAGACAGAACUAGAAAGAAACAGAGGGGGGUCCGUACGUCGUAGCAUGGCUGACGACGCCGGCCGGGUAAUCUCGUUUCCGCGACCAAACUCCAUGUUAGUCGUCGUCCUAGUUGUCGUCGCCGUCUCGGCGUCGACAACGAGCCUGUGCGUCGCCGCGCCGGACGCUGGCACAGCCAAGCAUGCCGGUGGUGGCGCGACCCGGGGGAUGUUCGCAAGCCGGUUCGUGGCCACGGCCGUCGCGCGGAAGAUGGGCGGCGCAUGCCGCGCCGGCGAGAACCGCCCAGCACGCGCGUGCUCCGGCGCGGGCCUCAGGUGCUGCGGCCGCGCGUGCACCGACGUGCUCGCCAGCGCGAGCAACUGCGGCGCGUGCGGGAACCGGUGCCCGUACGGCCAGCUGUGCUGCGGCGGGCGGUGCGUCGCGGUGGCGUACGACUCGGGGAACUGCGGCGCGUGCGGCCGGGCCUGCGCCGCGGGGCUGCCGUGCACGUACGGCAUGUGCGGCUACGCUUAGUCCAGGCUUGAGCCGGACACGUGCGGCGCAAUGCAUCUGGGCCGUGCACACGUCCACAUGCGUCCAUGGGUCCGUAUAAUUUGGUGACCCGCACAGCUACAUUGUUGAGGUACAUAUAUACAUCUCGUGUACCUGAUCAGACUGCACGUCAAUAGGGUUGUCAAUUAUUUUGCAGAUGUUGAGGCUGGAGUGCUUGGUAAUUUGUAUGCCACGUAUAAGUUUAUAUAUGCAUUUCAUCUGGAGGAUUGUGUGAACUGUAAAUUGGGAGUAUUUGUGACAUCAUUUUUGUGGUUCAUGUAUAUCCACUUCCCCUUUAUACGUUAUUCCAUACUAGCCCCACCAACCGCUGCACUAGCAGGGUAGCGAUUCUGAAAGGAAAAAAAGUGUGAAUAGUAGAUGUCCGUGAAGAAAUGAGUUGCAUCUUCAAGAUUGACGAUUAGACACUUUAUGGUUUGCAAAUAAAAAUGUAAUCUUCUAUAUAGCAAUUGUUUGGAACGUUAGGCGUGUCAUAUCUAAAGAAAGUGCUAACCUUUACCAUUAAAUAGAUAGUGUCUAAAAAAUCUUUAGCUCCUUCCCCUUGGCUACAGGAGAGAGCAGUGACUGAA